ACAACUUGCCUCUCUGCAGUCACCAGGUGCUGAGGAUCUUUGCUGCUGAUGAGUUUCAAGUGGAAAAGGUGAAGGAGCUGGAAGGACUCACAGAUCUGCAGCUGGAUUUCUGGCAAGCUCCAGUUCACCAUGAAGUCCCAAUAGAUGUGCGCGUCCCAUUCCACGGCCUCCAAGGUGUCAAGGUGUUCCUGGAGUCCAAUGGCAUCCAAUAUUCCAUCAUGAUUGAGGACCUUCAGUCAUUGGUGGAUGAGGAAAAGCUUUACAUGUCACGCCAACAUUUUAUGCCCCGAUCAGUCGAGACCUUUAACUAUGCUUCUUAUCACACUCUGGAUGAGGUCUAUGAUUUCAUGGACCUUCUGGUGAGUGAAAAUCCUGAACUGGUCAGCAAAAUCCAGAUUGGCAAGAGUUACGAGGGUCGCCCAAUCAACAUCUUAAAGUUUAGCACAGGGGGAACCAACCGGCCAGCCAUCUGGAUUGACACCGGCAUCCACUCCCGCGAAUGGGUCACUCAAGCCAGCGGAGUCUGGUUUGCAAAGAAGAUCCUUGAUGGUUAUGGCACAGAUGCCUCCCUGACCUCCAUCCUGGAUAAGUGUGACAUCUUCCUGGAAAUAAUCACAAACCCUGAUGGUUUUGCCUUCACACACACCCAGAAUCGCAUGUGGCGGAAGACCAGAUCCAAGAACAGUGGGUCAUCCUGUAUUGGAGUAGAUCCCAAUAGGAACUGGGAUGCAGGGUUUGGAGGGGCUGGCUCCAGUGGGAGCCCUUGUACUGAAACAUACCGAGGACCCUAUGCUAACUCUGAGCCUGAAGUGAAAGCCAUCGUGGACUUUGUAAAGGGUCAUGGCAACAUCAAAGCCUUCAUCUCCAUCCACAGCUACUCUCAACUUCUCCUUUAUCCUUAUGGCUACACCAGCAAGAAGGCAGCUGAUCAGGCGGAAUUGGACGCUGUUGCUAAGAAGGCAGUCGACGCCCUUGCUUCCCUGUAUGGGACUAAAUUCAGAUAUGGCAGCAUCAUCACCACCAUCUACCAAGCAAGCGGUGGAACUAUUGACUGGACCUACGAUCAAGGCAUUAAAUACUCUUACACAUUUGAGCUGCGAGACACAGGCCGUUAUGGAUUCAUGCUCCCUGCCAGCCAAAUCAUCGCUACCGCUGAGGAGACAUGGCUGGCCCUGAUGGUCAUCAUGGAGCACACCCGAGAUCAUCCCUAUUAAAACCAGAGCAGAGGGCUGGCAUCUCAGGUCACCUUACAAUCAAUGCACGCAAGCCUAUUUGGCAAUAAUAAAUAUUUUGAAUGAAUACAGAA